AUGAAUUUCCCUCACUACUUGGACUCCAAAGCUGAAGUCAUCUCAUUCAGUUGUGCCAGUGCCAUGAUUAACAACGUCAAGAAUGGUUUGAUUCCAGCAAAUCCAAUGCAUAUAGUAUCUGAUAAAAAUCAUCACUCUAUAACAUUCCAUGCUAUUAAAAAGAGAAACAGAGCCAUUAGAAUUGAUAGUGAUCGAUACAUUGUUGAUGUCUACAUGUCAGAAUUUUUAAAGUAUAAUACAGUUAUCAGUUUCAAAAAAACUUUUGGUAAUGUUUCGUUCCCUGUGCCUUUUGAAGAAAUUGUUCCUGUAACACCAAUAUUUGUUCUUGAUAUUAGUUCAUAUUCUCCUUUACAACAAAAAUCAAUGAUUUUCAGAAAUGAGAUUAUGACACGUAUGGAUGAUGUUCAUAAUGAAUACGGGUAUGGUAAGUAUCCUCAAGAUUUCGUCCAUAGACCUCCUUCAAAGAUCCCAGGUAUUAAAACCAAAGAAUUUUUCACUCAAUCAAUUGUUAAAAAGUCACUCAGAACUCAAUUGAAGAAGGUUCAUUACUCUAAAUUCGAAAAUGGUACUGAAUAUAAUGAAAGUGAAGAAGAUGAAAGUGAUUUCGAAGAUAUCAUUAUUUCAAAAGGAAAAUUUGAGAUACAUUACCCAGAUAUUCCAUAUGGUGGUGAAAGUUCACCGUUUUUCGGUAGCAAAAAACAAUCACCUUUUGGAAGACUUUCAUGUUAG